AUGGCUUUCCGGCGUCCUUUGAUGCUGUCGUCGACAGCAUCAACGCCUUUCCUGUCCGUUGCGAGCCGUACCUCACGCCUGGGGGCAGCCUCCCGAUUCAGCACCAGCACUCGGGUCUCUUCCUCCUCCAGCUCGACCUCCGCCCUCGCCUACAAGGCCCUUCAUCGCCGGUCUCCCCUCCCUCUCCCCGUCAACGACGCCUCGCCUCAAUGGGACGCCCCCACGGCCGUUUCGUCCAUUCUCUACGAAACCCCUUCCGUCCCCACCAACCCUCCCAAGCGCCAUAUCCUGAACUGUCUGGUGCAGAACGAGCCCGGUGUCCUGUCCCGUGUGUCCGGUAUCCUGGCCGCUCGUGGCUUCAACAUCGACUCCCUCGUCGUCUGUAACACCGAAGUCGAGGAUCUGUCUCGUAUGACCAUCGUCUUGCAGGGUCAGGAUGGCGUCGUCGAGCAGGCUCGUCGUCAACUCGAUGAUCUCGUCCCUGUCUGGGCUGUCCUCGAUUAUACCGAUUCCGCUCUGGUGCAGCGCGAGCUCCUCCUCGCCAAGGUCAGCAUCUUGGGUCCCGAGUUUUUCGAGGAAUUGCUGCAGCACCACCGCGAAAUCACCACCCCCGGUGAGCAGACGGAAGGUCAGAAGGACAAGGCUGCGCAGGUUGCGAAGACCGAGUUCCACCCUCGUAAUCUGCCCCAUUCUCAGGCUUUGAGACACAAGCAUGAGCAUCUGGAUGCGAUUACCCGUCUCACUCAUCAGUUCGGUGGAAAGGUGCUGGAUAUCAGUACUAACAACUGCAUUGUUGAGGUCUCCGCCAAACCCUCCCGUAUCGACUCCUUCAUGAAGCUCAUCGGCCCCUUCGGUGUCCUCGAAUCCACCCGUACCGGUCUGAUGGCUCUGCCCCGGUCUCCUCUCUUCGAGCCCAGCGAGGAGAUCGAGAAGGACGCCGCUGACGUUGUUGACGCCAGCACCCUUCCCCCCGGUUAA